AUGGUUUCAAAGCCACAACUGAAGGCAUUAUCAAAACCAUCCUUUACCCAGACAAAACCAUCCUCUAACCCAUUACAACAACCAAUUCCGCCCACUCUUACAGGAACAACACAAAGUAGAUGGUAUAAAGGACCUACGUUUUCCAAUCUGACUGAAAUUGCAACACAAAAAGCGUCAACACCGAAUCCACACCAGCCUACUAUGCAGCCUGUGUUGCAGCCUUUCAAAGCUACCUUGCAGCCUUCUUUGCAGCCUUUCAAAGCUUCCCAACAGCCUCAAACAGCUACCAAUCAGCGUCAAAAAGCUACCCAUCUGCUUCACAAAGCUACACAACAGCCUCGAAAAGCUACACAACAGUCGGUAUCUUCUUUUACAAGUGUCAAACCACAUUUAGAGAAAAGAGCAUUUGUUGCACCUUUGGGAGCAACAAAACAUGUGAUGUCACAAUCUCCUACACCACCAGACACCAUGGAAAUGAAAAAGAGAACCGGGAAGCAAGAAGGUCAGUUGCCUCCAACAUACAUGCAUGUGAGUGAGAAUGCAUUUCAACCUCUGGGAUCUCCUCCAUCCAAUCAGGUUGAGAGUGAAGUUAUGCCAAACUACAACUGGGACGAAUUUGAAUAA